AUGUCUAUGCUCGCCAUGGCUGCUCCAUCCCCCCAUUCAGCAUUCAAGUCCUACCCUUGGGAUGGCGGCAGGUCUGCUUCCACAGACUACUCUUCGCGUCCUCGCACUGAGCCCGAGAGAAUCGCCCUUCCUUCCAUUCGCCAGGCCAUCCCAGAACUUCACCUUCGCCUGCAGCCACAGGAGGCGUCAACCACAAGGACAACGUCUUCCAACACCUCGCCAACCGUUGGAUAUGCCGGUGUCAUGACCCCUCCGGAGUACGUUCACUCGCCAAACUCGAACAAGAGGAGGAGGCUUUCGAUCGAUCACGAGGAGGAGAGUGAGAGAGUUAGCCGCGUGCCGAGACUUUACGACAGCCCUGCCCGUAUUCCUCAACGUCAAAUCUCCCCGCCAGUCCCUUCCCGCGCUGCCACUGAGAGCUGGACCGGAUCAGCGAGAACCAGCCCUUAUAUGUCUUCCUCCGGCAUGACUUCCAUGCGAUCCCCUGCCAUGGAGGUCAACGAGCGCUCUGAGAUCCGCCCCACGCUUCCCAGCCUGCCGCCCAUGAACUUUUCCGAGCGGGAGUCCAUCCCCAUGCAGCGUGUCCGUGGUCACUCUCAGGAUGAGUUCCAGCCCAUCCGUCCCUCGAUGGGUAUGCCCCCUGCUCCCAUGAUGGAGGCAGCUCCCGCCUACCGCACCAGCGGUUACGCCUACGGAUACCACCACCCCAGCCGAGUGCAGUCUCUGUCUCUCGGUGCCAUCCACCCGUUCGAUCGCACGCCUUUCUCUGCCGCCGGCUAUGGCCACUACCCUGAAUUCAUGCGCAUUGGAGAGCUUGGCGCCAUGGGGAUGCACGGCGACAGCAAGCAACGCAAGCGCCGCGGCAACCUGCCCAAGGAGACGACUGACAAGCUGCGUGCGUGGUUUGUGGCUCACUUGCACCACCCGUACCCCACCGAGGACGAGAAGCAGGAGCUCAUGCGUCAGACUGGAUUGCAGAUGAACCAAAUCUCCAACUGGUUCAUCAACGCGCGGCGCCGGCAGCUGCCCACCAUGAUCAGCAACGCCCGUGCUGAGUCCGACGCCAUGUCCAGCCGCAGCGGCGAGAGCAAGAUCCUGCCGUCGACAGAGCGCGCCGACUACGAUGAUGGCAAGCGCUCCAGCGUUCCUCUUAGCGACGGCGAGGCCUUUGACGAGGACCUCGAGAGCCUGAAGCAACGGCGCUCGGCGCACAUCAAGAGGGGGAGCAUCUAG